AUGAACGGAUUUCGUCACAAGCAUCUUAUCAUUGGUGACAGCGACGAGGACAGCGACGAUGUAAAGGGCAUUGGUUGUCGCGAGCUACCUAGCGGCGGUUAUGGUGACGCCUUUGAUCCAAGGGGCACCAUCCAAGCAAAGGGCUUGGUUACACCUCUUGUAUGCUUGGAUGCACAAAAUAAUGAUCAAGGUCUCAACACCGAUGAACACUUAAAAAUUGUAGAGAAUAGCGAUGCGGCUUUUUUGAAUACGACAUCUUAUGUUUCUAACCCAUCACUGAUUCCAUCUCGUGUGAAUCAUGAUGUUCUUAAUGGUGCAGCAUGCGGAAAGGCUGGUGAAACCACAGAUGCGUUAACCUCAGUGCGACCUACCACCGAUGACUAUUUUUCUUUGGUAACUUCCAAGAAUGUUUAUGCGAAUCCAGUUCCCCAAGACGCAGUUUCAAAGAUAUCGACAAAAGCGGACUCACCGCGAGGCUUCCUCGGAGCCAACAACACAGAAUCAGGAGUUCAAUCCAAGAGCAAACAAAAGGCAAAGUUCCGAAGAAAGAUCCAUAAAGGGAUUAAACAACAUGAUAAAGAUGUUUUUUUUGGCUCACACAACCACAAGGAAAGCACGUCAUCCAGCCUGAUUAGCAUUGAUGCCCCUCCACCUCCAGCGCGACUUCCCGAACGCGCCCAGAAGGCUGCUUUGAAAUAUUCCAGACUUUCAGAUCCUUUUGCUGAAUCGAUUAUGAUUCCCCCAAAUGUACCGCCACGAAAAAAAAGUCAAUCGAUCGUUUUUUUAACAGGUUCUUGUCACUCUAAAACCCCUUCCGAUGGACUGCAUGUUGAAAAUAAGAGUGACAUGUCCCCUGUAUCUGUCUCCUUUCAGCCAUCAGCUCCCGCUGAAAUCGGUAAUCUAACCGCUGACGCUAUCGCUAAGCGGGGGGAAAUUUUUAUCUCACAGCGACGGCCCGCAAUUCCAUCCCACUCGGAACUCAAAACGGAGUCGUCGCAUUAUGAUAUCGACAAUGAGGGUAACGUGACGUUCAUUGUUCCGGCUUCUGUGCGCAGAGUUCUCAAUGCCGAUGGAUGUAUGGUUUGGGCUAUUCUUCCAAGUCACCGAGAAAAUGACUCCUUUUCGAUAUGUGAAGUAGGUUCUCCGCCUAACCGUCUUUCUCGACGAGCAGAAAGCUAUAUUUCAUCAAAGUGUGGCGUCAAGGCGUGUGCGCAAGAUAAUAUAAUUAAGGAUAAUGAACUGGAGGUUGAUGUCGAAAUGGGAAUGCGAGUAGAAGAAAUCCAUAAGAACUCUUUCACAAGUGCACCAUUGCAGCGUCAAGACUUCACUCUCCCCAGUACAUCCCACUUCAGUAAUGCGAGCCUCCAGAAAAACAUUGAGAAUAUCUUGGCCACCAAUAAGAACUGGACAGUCUACCCUUAUAAUAAUCAGGCGCUCUGCAAAUCUUCGUGGAAGGCUCUUAUGACUGGCGAUGCUUACCGUAGAACUGAGAGGUUGGUGCGUCUCCUGCAACCUAUCCAAACUGGACCUCUCUCUGAUAAAGAGAAUGAGUGCAAAUGCAUAGUUUACGUUAACAAAAACGAAGCAAAGUUGUCAGAACUUCUAUGUAGCCCAAACAGUCUAAAGGAAUCGUUUGAAAAGUAUUUGAACAUGCAGCCCAUGCAGAUUGACAAUCCGAAGCUUGGAAAAGUUGCUGAAGUCUUGUCUGAUUUUUCCCAUUCUUUACAACUCCACUCCUUACUUUCCAAACCUGUGGGAGGGGCAAGGAUCAAUACAUUGGACAACACCCCCAAAUUUGUAGGUGAUCUUUCUUGCACUGUUGAGCCGCUAUGCGAGGAUGGUCCUUCCGACCGCGUCGCCCAAACACUACCACAACGAAUCAUGCGACUCUGCGGUGGGUUGGUCUUCGGGAUACCCUUAAAGGACAAAGACGUUCGAGCUCACGACGUGAGGUGCUACGAGCUAUUUCUGUUUCUGCCGGAUAGUUCCACCUUCACUGCAUACAACAGCAGUCCAGGCUGCUCUACUUUGGGGCAGCUUACUUCGCCACCUAUUUCAUCUUUUCCACUAACCCCGCGUAUUAUCAGCGACCCUAUGGAACUGAAGGCCUGCGGGGAAAAGUUAAGGCUUUCAGGUGGCUUUGGACAAGAUGAUAAAGUGUCUUUUGAUGACUUUUCUGAAAACAUCUCCAAGGGAAUGCAGUGUCUCACGCUAACACUGGCCACACUAAAUAUACGCAAGAAACACACCAUUGAUUUGACCUUGGUGAUUUUUCCAUAUCGAGCAUGUUCCAAAACUGAUGAUGGUAAGGUUCUGGCGGAGUUACCUCCCUUUUCUUCUGACACCGUUCUGAAGGGCUCACGGAUGAGAGCUAUUUCGUUAUCUUUCUUAACGAAAAGUGCCUUUAUGAAUGCAUACAUGUCAUUACUCUGGGCCACUGAGUGCAAUAUUAUUCAUCCCACGUGCCAUUCUGGGGGUGAUUCUAACAGCAACGUCAAGAACUCAUUGUUGUCUUUACGUGUGAAAGCGACGCUAUCACCGCUAAUGCCGUGGUCAGCUUUAUAUGGAAAAGCUGAUUCAUUCGCCGAAUUUUCCAGUAUUUACCGGGCUCAUUGUACAAAAUUUGCUGCUAUCGCACUCACUGCUUCUAUGGGUAAUGCACAGUCGGCUGCUAUUUCUGUUCGCAAUGCUUUCAAGUUCGAAGAUUUUGUCAUUAAAAAAUAUACUAGUGGGGAUGAUUUAUUGAGCAAGAAGAAAAUUAAUGGUGACAAACAGAGAGCUGCCACACAGAUCAAAAGUUCUAAUAUUGUUUACAGCUCAAUAUCACUACAACAGCAUUGCCGAACUUUCAUGGAUAGUGAAUGCUUUGAUCAAAUUAAGGGCGAUGAAGGAGACGCUAUCGUGGGCUACACCCCUUUCGGCAUUGUGUACCGUGUAUUAAGUCAGAAAACCCAGGAAAUGUUCGACAUUCAAGUGAUCCCUCGGAGGCAUGUCUUUCUGAGACUUACACUUGAAGAUAUGCAGCAUGCGAAUGCGAUUGGGAAGGCCGUUGAGGUGAACCUUCAACAGGACACAGAUGCCAUCCUUUUGUUGAAAUACAUCUCGUGUUUGCCAUUUCAGCCUCGUGUUUAUGAUAUCUACUCGGAUAAUCGGUAUUACUAUAUCCUCCAAGAGCCAUGGUUGUCAAUUCUUGCGUUGGAUCAAUCCAUAAAAGGUGUGGAACAUCGGAAAAUAGUGAAAUGCAAUCCAUUGCUAAGGCAGGUUCAUGACUCCACUUUAGUCAUUUCAUUAAAGGAUUUUAUACAUGCAACCUUAAACCCGCUUCACAAUGGCAGUUCCAAAACUUGGGAUACAAUUGAAGCGCGACUUCAAAUCAUACGACUUCUUAUCGCUCAAUUGCUGCUUCUUAUUGCAUCUCUCCACGGCAAAGGCGUUCUUCUUGGUCCUUGUUCCACACACCGUGUUCUUGUUCAAAUCAACCCGCCGGCGUUUGAGUCUACAGCUCCUGAGGACUCCCGCCCAGACGACAAUUCCAUGCUAGGGACGUCGAGCUCUAGGCGAAAAUCCAUCACCAGUAAGAGCUUAUCCCUUUUUGUCCCUGGUAUCGGCCUCCAUACUUCGGCAUGGACCUACGAGAGACAACAGUGCGGCGCGCUGGAAUAUGUUCCGCCGAUGCAUAUCAUUGAAGCUCUGAUAAGCGGUGAUACGGGCAUGGAAGGCUGUGCGUGGACCAUGCAAGAUGACUGGUGGUCCCUCCUUUCUAUUUCUUUUGAAUUGCUCGCCACUGACGGCAGUACCCUUGUGUGUCCGGAAACGAAAGGGGCCGAAUCCCUACCCACUGCACGCGCAUCACUUAAUAGUAAAUUUGUUUCAGCAAAUCACAUCCUUGAUGUUUGGAAGGGUGUCCUGACCCACCCUGAAAUCUCUGUUAACACCACGUCAGAAGCCGUUAAUGCGGGAAUUCGGAACUAUGUACAGUGCCGAGUGCUUGAAUCGGUAGCUCCUGGAUUGGAUAGUUGGUUAGCCAGCAAAGUGGGUGAAGCGAAGCAUGACAAUUCUAGAGGCAUAGGGCUCAAGCAAACAAACAAUGAUGGAUCUACCAUGCUGUCACCCGAAGGAUUCAAAGAUAGAUUAAAUGUAUCUGACGUGAACUUAACUCCGAAGGAUAACAAAUUUGAGGAAGCAUCGUUGUGUCUUCCCAAAACCGAUAGUCAAAGUGUCAUAUCAUGGAUUAUUUUUUAUCGGGACUGGUUCGAUAAAGUUAUGGACGUAGCUCUUCCUUACUUUAUGAAUCCUAAAUGUGCUGUACAUGCACCUUUGUUGUACCUUCUUUCGCAUCCGUUCCUGGGUGGGAUGGAUAUGGGUGCAGUGUUUAAUGGCAACUACAGGCUGCUGCCUGCGGCCGAAGAGUUUAUUCACAAGUAUAUGGGUAAGGCCAAGUUACGCCAGGCUCUUUUCUUAUACCGCACACACUCCUACCGACCACUUAUCACAAAUCAGCAAAAUGGGCUGCAUAUAAGACCUAGGCCGAACGAUGGGAUGGGUAUCAAAGGCAUACAAGGGCCACAGCGGCCUCCGAUUAUACAUCGCUCCAUGGAAAAAAGAGUAAGAACGCCUGAUGUGGUCGAGCCGCUCCUUCAGUUUGAGCUUUUGUCACACCGAGUGCAGGUGCUACACAGAGUUCAAGGAGGUCUUUUCCAGUCUUUGUAUACCCCUGAUGAAAUUGCCUCCAUUAAUUGGUUGGAAAGGGAGGUGGAUAGUGCUCUGCACCCGCAUGCCGAUGAAGGGUCAGCGCAUGGUUCACCUUAA